AUGCCGCCCAAAACAGCCAAAGGCGAAUACAUCGAGACAGAUACAGGAAACAAAAUCUCCCGCCGAUCCCAAAUCCAUGGAACACAGCAUAUCAUGCUCGGUGGAAAAUCCAUCAUCAUGGCCGACGCCGUCGUCCGGGGCGACCUCUUCCGCACAUCCUCAUCCUCCUCAUCCUCAAACCCGGACCCCAAAUCCAGCGGCGGCGGCAGCAGCAGCAGCAGCGGAACGUCAAACACGAUCGCCGUCAACGUCGGCCGCUACAGCUUCAUCUCGCGCUCGGCGAUCCUACGCCCUCCCUCCCGUCUCCACCGCGGCGUGCACAGCUAUUUCACGCUCCAUAUUGGACACCAUGUGUUUGUCGGUGAGCGGAGCGUGAUUGAGGCGGCGCGGUUGGAGGACCAUGUGACGGUUGGGAAGGAUGUGGUUGUGGGGUCGAUGGCGAUUCUGAAGGAGCGGUGUCAGGUGCUGGAUGGGGCGGUUGUGCCGGCUGGUAUGGUGGUGCCAAGUCAUUGUGUUGUUGGCGGGCAGCCGGCGAGGAUUGUUAGUGAGGUGCCUAUUGCGUAUGGGGUUGAAGGGGUGGAGGGAGGGUUGAGUAGGGAGAGGUAUAGGAGUGUGAGGUGA